UUUGAAAAUCUGAUGUCAAAUUUAAAAUUGCGCGCGGAUAAUUUCGCUAGUAUAGUCAGUCCCCGCUACCUGCACAACUCGCAACCUGCACAUCCCCGAAACCUGACGCUCUGACGACAUAGACCAAACUCGCUAUGUGACCAUACACUCACUUUCACUUUUACCGCGUGCUCAGUGCCGAAAAGUGUCUCAGUACAUAAGUUUCUCUUGAUGACUAAAAAUUUUUGUUGUGCCACAAAUUAAUUUAAAAAAUUGAAUUUUUUGUUGAAACUGGAAUAUUUAUUAUUAAGCAGCAUUGGUUUAAAAUGGGAGAAAAGCAAGCGACAUUGACAUUCCUCACUUUUGGUCAGCGUCAAGAAAUUAUAGAACUUUUCAAGUAUAAUGAAGCUUCUGAUGUUAAAAUUGGCAUUCCUGAACUGGCUAAAAGAUAUAAUGUUUCUGUUUCAACAAUACGACGCCUGAGAAGUAUGAGUAGAAAUAGAGAGGAACCAUUCGUAAAAAUAGAUAAAAGUUCUUAUCUAUAUAAACGUAAGAGAGUAACUACUUCCAAAAAUCCUGUUUUAGAAGAUAUUCUCUAUGAUUGGUUUAAAGCAAAACUAUCUGCAGGCCAACCAGUUUCAUUAGCAAUUUUGAAAGAGAAAGCUCUAAUAAUAAACAAAAAUAUUAAUGGUGACCCUACAUUUAAGGCGAGUAACGGAUGGUUUUAUAGAUUUAAAGAAAGAUUUCAAAUUCACUCGUGUAGCAUUCAAGGAGAAAAAUUAUCCAAUGAUUAUGAAUGUUCAGUAGAAUUUGUGGACGAACUGGCAGCAAUAAUUAGAAAAGAAAAUUUGCAGCUGCAUCAAAUUUAUAAUGCAGAUGAAACAGGUAUUUUUUGGAGAAUGCUACCUUCUGUGACUUUUGUCUCCGAUUUUGAAAAAAGUGCUGCAGGUUAUAAAGUUUCAAAAGAUCGUGUAACUGUUAUGGUUUGUGCCAAUGCUGAUGGUAGUCACAAAAUUCCUCUGUAUGUAAUUGGAAAAUCAAAGAACCCACCCUGCUUUAAGGGGAUUAAUAAAUUACCAGUGACAUAUGCUGGCCAAAAAAAUGCUUGGAUGUCUCGCAAAUUGUACACAGAAUGGAUUAAGAUGGUGUUUUUGCCUUCUGUUCGAGAGUUUCAAGCAACUAAAGGAAAUGGCAACCAAAAAGUGUUGCUUUUAGUAGAUAAUGCACGUUGUCAUUUAUCUAAAGAAGAAACAGAGUUAAUUGAUGAUAUGAUUAUUGUACAAAAUCUUCCUGCUAAUGUGACGGCCCUAAUCCAACCAAUGGAUCAGGGAGUAAUAGAAAAAAUGAAGCAUCUGUAUAGAAAAAGUCUUUUAAGGGAUAUGCUUCUUGAAGAAAAUACAGAAAGUCUCAUAGAAUUUCUUAAACAAAGGAAUAUGCUUAGCUGUUGCGUUCAAAUAUCGAGUGCCUGGUCAGAUGUAACACCCAUAAACAUUUGUCGCGCAUGGAGAAAGAUAAUACCUAGCUGCGAUAUUGAGAUUGCUAAUUGCAAAGAAAUAAGUGAAGACGAUAUUAUGCAACUUUUGUAUAGAAUACCAGGAUUUGAAAAUAUCACACGAGAGGAAGUGCAAACAUGGUCACAAGUGGAUAGAUUUGAACCUGGUUGGAAUGUUGAAAAUCUGCAUCAAAUUAUUCAAAGGUUCCUUGGUCACGAAAUCAGUGAAGAAAAUCAACAAGCAAAAAGUACAGAAACUGAUGGAGAAGAUGAUGAAAUUAUCGAUGAAAGAGGUUAUGUAGAAAAUGUAGUGACAGACGCUACAACAGCCUACAAUGGGUUCAAGCUUUUUAAAAAGUGGUUUGAACAAAAGCGGGAAUGCAAAUCAGAACAUAUGAUUCAACUACAAAAAUUUGACGAAAUUUCAAAAGAUGUGUUAUCAACUUUAAAAAAUUUACCUAUUUCAAAUGAUAGUAAUAACAAGUGACUGAAUAUGACUAUGUAUUGUGAAAAGUUAUCAACAAUUGUAUAUGUAACAUUUUUAUAAAUGAAUUGUAUAAAAAAAAGGUGAAAACUUGUAUUCAAAACGUCAAGAUAACUUAUUACACAACUAAAUUUAAAACCUUAUAAUAUGGUUAUCCGUCUUAUCAAUUACUCAUUUGAUACAUAUAUUUUACAUAAGGUAUAUUAAAAUUAAUAAAUAAUGAUAGAGUUAAAAUUUAUAAAACUAUAAGAAGAGGGAUAAAUUUCAUGUAAAUAUCUUAAAUUUCCUAAGAUGAAGAGGUUCUAUAUUUUUCAAAAGUGUGGUUAUUUGAUAGAACAAGUAAAUGAAAACGACGAAUUUGCAAUUUAUAUUCUUCGAAAAAUUUAGAGCAAGAGAUAUUAUUUUUAUAGAUUUUGAAGAAAAUACUUAAUAUAUGUGAAUGAUUUUGGUCUAGAAUUAAAGAAUUAAAUUUGUACUUUUUAUUGUGCAACUAUCAAAACUUAAAAAAAAUUUUCUUCAAUUUGAAUACGCUUGAAUUCCAGAUUUGAAAAUCGCAAUUUUCACAAAAAAUCUCUGACUUUAAAGAAUUAUAUUUUUAAUAUUUACACUAUUAAAUUGGUUAUAUCUUAGCCUAUUUGACUCUAAAUUUAUUGAACUUUAAAAUGAUCCUACUUUGAUAGCUCUUACAUCUAUUUUUACAGAAAUAUUUGAAUUUUAAGUGAAGCGAGCACUUAACAGUAAUCAGUACAAAUGUACUGAAACUUUUUGACCCCAGUGUAUUUAAAAAUAUUGUUUGCUUGUAUAUGAUUUGUUUCAUUUAAAAAAAUUAUAUUUGAAAUAAACAUAAAAUACGUUUAAGUACAUAACAGUUUUGUACCAAACAAAAUUUAUGUUUAAAUGAAUUAUAUUUUAUCAACUAAAAAAUAUGUUUGAAUUAAACUUAAAUAUGUUUGACUGUAUAACAAAGAUAUUGAAUUAAACAUAUUAUGUUGCAAAUUAGAAGUAUCGUUUUCUCAGUGCGGGCGCCUACAAUUGUAUGCGAUACAAGGGUGUAUACAUCCCUGAAAGUGGUGGGAGAGCGGCUGAAUGGAGGGUCAGGUAGCGAGUUCGGGGAAAAGGAAAAAUUCUGCAAUACGUGCAGGUUGCGG